CAUACACAUCGACAUGUGAUACUCGUUGGUGUGAUCUCUUUGUUUUGCUUAUACCCUUGACUGAAGCUUUUAUAUUGCCAAAUCGAAAUAUUUUUCGACGGGUUUUGUUACCGUCUACCCGUUUAUGUAUCAUCAUAUAAAAGGUAUUUAGUAGUGGAACACACGCCUAACAACCAAUCCUAUCUCCGUUCAUCUCCAGCGCGCAUUUUUAUAAUAAUCGUGUUUACUCUUGAGGAUUCAUAAAAUUUUUGCGAACCCACGGACAACCUUAAAGAGGAUUAUACGCUGGAUUAAGUGGAUUUUUCUUACGAAAAGGGUUUCUAUUACUAUAUGAGGUUUGGUUGGCUGGCAUAUAAAAAAUGCUGUUAGGAGCUGCUCUUUUCUUUACCAUCGUACCAUUUACCUUUGGAUUAGAAAAUCUCGGUUGUCCAGUUGAGUGGGUAGCUUACAAGUUGCAUUGCUACCAGUUCAAUCUAAUUCCACUGGUUGCAUAUGAAACCGCAUCAGCUAAAUGUCAGGAAAAUGGAGCCGAGCUGGUUCGUAUUGGGAACAUAGAUGAACAUAACUUCAUUAAAAGUCAGUGGGAAAUACUUUACACGGACAGCUCUGUCUCGUGGACGGGUGGUCAAAGAGAUCCAAUAGAAAACAUUAUAUUCAAAUGGCUUCCCGGGAACAUGCGUGUGCAAGAUAGCCUUGAUUAUUGGCUGAGUGAAGAUGAAAAGACAAAACCAGGAAAUCAACUUGUGUACAAGAAAAACGGUAAUGACUUUGGCUGGUCUGUGGCUAAAAAGAAUGAUGUGCACUCAUACAUUUGCGAAAUAAGUCAAGAUGAAACGUAUCGAAUAUUGGAAAAGGACACAGGAUUAGAUUAUGGUGUUGAAGUGAGAAAUAAAAACAACAUAAAAAGAGGUCCUAUAAUGAAAAUGGAGCCAAACAAUACCGUUUUUGUGUUGGACGUAGACGAGUCCGUCGUACUUGAAUGCUUGGCAACUGGAAAUCCGCAAGUAAAAUAUAAAUGGUACAAAGGAAGCCAAGAACUUUCGUCUACAGUCAACAAUCGGUACACAGUAACUAAUGGGCGACUCUCUAUUACUAAUCCGCAAGCUUCUGAUUCGGCAACUGACUAUAGGUGUGAAGCAUCGAAUGAAUUCGGUUCAAUUUAUAGUACCAACGCACAACUCACAGCAGGUUCCCUUGGAUAUUUCUCCAACAUUAAACCUGAAAAAGAACUUGCUACGGAUUUCAAUUAUAAAAUUCUUCAGUGUCCGAAAAUUCAAGGCAAACCCGGUUUACGAUACCAGUGGACCAAGGACAGUGUAACAAACUAUAUUAAGACAGAAAGGCAGCAAUAUAUGUUUAUCUCGAACAAUGGUCGUCUAUAUUUCUCAGAAAUAGGUGGUCCCGAUGCUGGAAAAUAUUACUGUAUGGUUACGUUGUCAGGAUCAGGUCAUUUGCAGUUGACCAGCGACCAAGCCCCAUCAAGAAUAAGCAAAGAGAUUGAACUUGAAGUAAAAACAGGAUCCUCGAAAGCAAAUUUCGGACCAGAAAUUUUGAAUGAAUUCAUUGCUGUUUUCCCGUCUUUACCAAUGAUUGGUGAUGAGAUACGAAUGGAAUGUUUUGCGUAUGGAACUUUCUCGAGUCCAUUCAUAUACAAAUGGGAAAAAAUUGAUGGGGAAAUUUCCUCCCGAGCUACACUUUCAGACCUCAACCGUGUUCUCACGAUCAAGAAUGCUCAACGACAAGACGAAGGAACCUACAACUGUAUCGUAAAUUCAAAUGCCCAUGGGUCAAAAUCGGACAGUAAAAAUUAUACGUUACAACUGCAAUCAAAACCAUAUUUCGUGAUAGAACUGAAGUCACAGUUGAUCGAACCAGGUGCAAGAUUUACGUGGCGAUGCAUGGCUGAAGGUCGACCAGCUGUAACUUAUUCUUGGUUGAAAGAUACUAAAAAACUCGUAUCUGGUGGAAACAUUCAAAUUAAUACAAAUAUGCUUACAAUAUUGAGAACUGACGAAAAAAGAGACAAUGGUAUGUACCAAUGUACUGCAGAAAAUUCAAACGGUAUUACAUACAGCACUGCGCAGCUAAAAAUUGCAAGUUUUGCCCCGAAGUUUAUUCAAUAUCAUCUUCCUAGUAGUACAUUGGCCGCGCGAACCGGUAAAGUAUCGUUGAGGUGCCAUCCCGAUGCCAUACCUAAGGCAACGAUAUCUUGGUCUAGGAAUGGUGCUGAUUUGGGACUGGAUAGCAGCCAGUCUACAGGAAGAAUUCAAAAAUUAUUAAAUGGCAAUUUGUUUAUCCAGGACAUUACACAAAGUGAUGCAGGAGAAUACAAGUGUACUGCAACAAACAAUCAAGGAGAAGCAUCGCAGUCAACCAAACUGAGAGUCGUCGAAAAUUUGGUAAUCAGCCGCCGACCAUCGAACAUAGAGGUGAUUGUGAAUGAAACAGCUUUCUUCUACUGCGGUGCCUCCUACAAUCCUGACUUCGAGAUCGUCUACAAGUGGUAUUUUAACGGAUAUCCAAUUAACGUAGAAAAAGAUGCUUUUUAUAGUGAAGGUACUGUUGAAAACCAACGUGGAUUAUAUAUACGUACAGCACAGUUAAAACACAAAGGAAAUUAUACGUGUCUAAUAGAAAGCCCCCUCGCUACUGACGCAGCUUCAGCUUUUCUAACGGUCAAAGCCCCUCCCAGCGAACCGGCUGGUGUUUAUGGUGAUGGAACUACAGAAGACAAAAUAACCAUACAUUGGUUGGCACCAAAUGAUAAUGGUUUUCCUAUUACACGAUAUAUAAUCGAGAGUUCAAAUAAAUUAAAUCCAGUAUGGAAAAUGGCAUCAAGAGAAAUCCCUUCGUCUGCCGUUGAAGUUCAGGACCGCUUAUUCAAGACUGUCGAAGUUUUAGGAUUGCAACCGAAUAAUCAAUACAAAUUCCGAGUUCGUGCUAUUAACAAACUUGGAGUUGGUCAACCGAGUUUGCCGUCAGCUGAUUACCGAACGUUAUCUUCUCCUCCCAAAAGAGCACCAAAUGAUGUGGGUGGAGGCGGCGGCAAAGUGGGUGAUUUGUCCAUCACUUGGGCUCCAUUACCCCCCGAGGAGCAAUGUGCUGAUGGUAUUGGCUAUGUGGUAUAUUGGCGUGUCAAAGGAAAUCCAAAUAGUAAAUGGUCAAAGCAUGUAAUGAAAGGACAAGCGAAGGAAUAUUAUGCUUUGGCUGGGCUGAAUUAUUACACACUCUACGAAGUCAAAGUGCAAGCGUUUAAUGAGAAAGGCUUGGGUCCUAAUUCCACUAUAUCAAGUAUUUAUUCAGCCGAAGACUUGCCUCGCGCUGUUCCCGUCGAUGUUUUUGCUGAUACUUAUAACGCAACAGCUCUUAUAAUAACAUGGACACCACCUGUAAAUGAUCGCCCAACUAUGAGAGGAAAAAUAUUAGGAUAUCAGAUAAAUUGGGAAAACAGAGAUGUUGAUGAUCCUAUACGCUACUCGCAAUCAUUCUAUGGUGAAAUCAGUGAAGCAAUCAUUAUUGGGCUCUUUCCAAAUGGAUACUAUUGGGUAACAGUUCAGGUGUUUAACACUGCUGGUCUUGGUCCUCUCAGUGAAAAAUAUCUUGGUUCAACAGGAAUGGAUGCGCCCUUAAAUUUCCCUACUGAAGUCACCGUUUACUCAAGAGACAGUUCAAGCGUUGAAGUAAAAUUCCGCGGAAUAGGAUUUGGUAUUGACGAAAGCCCUGUAACAGGUUAUAAGCUAUGUUACCGAUCUGUAAGAGAAGUCUGGGACUUGGAUAACUGCAAAGAUAUUGGCUUCGUUGAAGGUGGCGUUCUUGGCGAUCUGGAGAAAGACACUUUAUAUAAGCUGAGAGUUUUAGCUUGGAGUGGUGAUGGCGAUGGUAAAAAGAGUGAAGCUAUAUACUUCACACUUGGAGGCCAAGUUGUCUUCGAUCCAUCUUCAUACAGCUUGUUAGCAGAGUCAAAUAGAUUGAGUUCAUCGAUUAGUAUUCUAAUUUUGUGUUUUCUUUGUAUAAUUACAUGGAUUUAUUAAUGUUACCAUGAGAAUAGCCUUAAACGGCGCAGAGAUAAAGGCACUGACCCGUACCUUGAUGUUGAGGUUGAUUUCGCAACAAAAUGAAACACAGAAAGCAACAAAAACAAAUAACUAAACAAGCAAACUACCAACAAUACUUUUUCCACAAAGGGAAACGUCAUUUACAUAGGAAAAUAAUAAUAAUAAUAAUAAUAAUAAUAAUAAUAAUGUUUUCGUUCGAACCGAAUAACAUUUAUCCGAAUAAACCCAAUAAGAAAGAAGUCACACUUUGUAAAAAUAUAACAAUCUAAAUGGCACCAGGAGUUACCUUAUUCAUCUGUCUUAAUCAUUGAGCCUUAAUCAUCUAGGAUUACACAAUAUUUUUCAAACUUCGAGUGUAAUAUACCGUUUUCGAUUCAUCUGACAUCACUUAAACAUUUUUUUACUUUGGAGUAAUGUAAACUUCAACCCUCCCAUUCUGUCACUGCAAAUUCAAUAUUUUCAAGAUAUACAUUAACAUACAAUAUCUGAAUCGAUGCAUAAUAAUCCAAAGGAAUUAAUCUAUUAUGCAUAAUUUCAACAAAACUCUGAGGAGAUACAAAUUCCAAAAGCUGUUAAGCUGAUAUAUUCUUUGAGCAGAUUCAACACGUUUAUAUAUUUCUAUUUUUGAAACAAUACCUUAUGUAUAUUUUCUUAUUAUGAGAUCUAGGUUUUUGUUUUCUUUCAGUUUUGUAAAGAGAAAAUUACAACUGGGUCAAAAAGUAACUUUUUGUAUGAUAAAAUGCAAAGACACUAUAAAAAAUUUUGUAUUAAUUUUUUUGUAAUUUGUUUUAAAAUAAAAUAUGUAGAAAAGUA